AUGGACAAAAGUGGCAACGAUUUUGCUGUUGUUAUACAGGAGUUUCUUGAUCUCAAAUCGAGGCAGGAAAGUUCGUCAAAGCCGUGUCUAGAUGAAUGCCUUAUUGCAUUCGAAGUUUCUCUUGUUCAAAGUUGGGUCGAUUUACCUCGGAUUCUUGCGCUCAUAAGGAAUGAAAAUAGUCAACAGACAGUACUUUUCAUCUUCGUUGGUUCUCGUAUUGGCGACACUGUUGUAAGCUACUUGACUCCUGAAAAAAUGCUAGCAGUUGAUGAAAUGCUAAGUUAUGAAACAGAUUCGAAAAACCCGACCAUUCUUCGUAUCGUUGGUCAUGAUAUCACCUCUUCGAAAUCCGAUUUCGAUUUACCCGGUGCAACCCUUCCGCAUUCUAUUAAUCAAACUCCAUCUAAUCUUCAAAAGCGGCGUACAAUGUUUGCUGGGAAUGGUCCAAUCGGUUCAAAUACCGGAAAGGGUAGAUAUUGUAACCUCGUUUUGGGAUUUGACGAUGCCACCUCAGCCAAUCAAUUUCGUGCACAAUUGGCCCUUAUUCUCUCUCAACAUUCCAAUGACACUUCUCCCUCUAUUGCAAAGAUGAAAGAAAAUCGUCAAUGGUUGAACAAGUACAGAGCUGACAUUGAACCAAAACGCGUCGCUCGUCUUUCUAAUUUCACCACCAAUGCAACUACUGGGGCAUCAACAUCUUCCCGUCGAGAUUCCCAUCAUCAUCUCCACACUGCUCAAAGUUCUGUGGACUUUAACGGGACGGGCAAACAACGUGCCUCCGUUUCAAGCCCCAUCUCUUCUCAUUCAUCAUCCCUCUCCUCGUCUUCAAUAUCAUCUAUCUCAACACCUUCCACAUCAAAUAUCCCCAGUGAAAUAGAGAGUGAAGUAACUGACAAAGCGGUGGUCCACGAUUUAGCGGAGACGAGGUUUCAUCGAUCUUUGUCGGUGCCGGGAUUUAUUGAAGCCGAGGAGGGUUUGGUUGGGGAGAAGGAGGUGAGGUCAAAUGCUGUUGAGUUUGAACAGGGCGAGGAUAUAGUUCAACACGAUGACUGGGUGACGGGAGAUUUAGGGACUGCUGAGUCUCUCAUUCCAAAAGAGUGUUUACGAUCAUAUGAUGUAGACGAUAUUAAUCUAACGGAAGAACUUGACUCUUUUGUUUAUAUCGCUUCCAAACCAAAUCUUGAAUCGACAGCAAUCUCCUUCAUGCCAGAUGCCCUCUUCCGCUCACGAAUGAAUGGAGAUCCAGUUGUAAAGAGUAUGCUGGAAGAGGAUGAAACUGCGUACUGCUCCUGGAAGACGCUAAAUCUCUUUAUCGGCUCCUGGAAUGUCAAUGGACGUCAAGAUCCACUUCUCAACCUCGACGACUGGAUCAGACCACCGAAAGGAGAAGCACCGGCGGAUAUUUACAUAUUUGGGCAAACAGGUGCCCAUAGGGAGAAAGGAGAAGGGUAUCGAGGCAACGCCGAGAGUGGAGUCGAGGUUUUCAAUGAGGCGUCUUUCAGUUGA